AUGCACACCGUCUUUCGAAUUGGUGAAGUUCGACAAAUUGAUAAGAAACGUUCACUUUAUGAAGUGGAUCUUAAACUUACGUCGGAUGAUGACCAACAACUUCGUCAAUUAACCGAUCAUAUACGGGAAGAAUCAUCAGGUAGCAGUGGAUGGCACCGUAUUGGUACAUUGCUUCUCACAAUUGGGCAGUUCGACAAGGCCGAAGAACUGUACAUGGCACUACUAGAACAGGCAUCAAACGACAGUGAUAAAGCACAUAUCUAUAACGAGUUCGGACGGUUGAAAAACAACCAAGGACAAUAUACAGAAGCAGUUUCAUUUUACAAAAAGUCUCUCGAAAUCGUUGAAAAAACUCUUUCGAAAGAUGAUCCAAAAUUGGCUAAUAUCUACAACAAUAUUGCUGUUACGUAUAAUGACAUGGGUGACUACUCGAAAGCACUUGAAUUUUACGAAAAAGAUCUCGAAAUCACAAAAAAAGCUCUGCCUCCGAAUCAUCCCGAUUUGGCUACUUCCUACAGCAACAUCGGUCAAGUGUAUAAUGACAUGAGUGACUACUCGAGAGCACUUGAAUUUUACGAAAAAGCACAUAAAAUCUACGAAAAAGCUCUGCCUUCGAAUCAUCCCAAUUUGGCUAUUUCCUACAGCAACAUCGGUCAGACGUAUAAUGAUAUGGGUGACUACUCAAAAGCAGUUGAAUUUUACGAAAAAGCACUGAAAAUAAGAGAAAAAGCUCUGGCUCCAAAUCAUCCCAAUUUGGCUAUUUCCUACAGCAACAUCGGUCAAACGUAUAAUGAUAUGGGUGACUACUCAAAAGCACUUGAAUUUUACGAAAAAGCACUGAAAAUAAGAGAAAAAGCUCUGGCUCCAAACCAUCCCAAUUUGGCUAUUUCCUACAGCAACAUCGGUCAGACGUAUAAUGAUAUGGGUGACUACUCAAAAGCACUUGAAUUUUACGAAAAAGCACAUCAAAUCUAUGAAAAAACUCUGUCUCCGAAUCAUCCCUCAUUGGCUAAUAGUCACUUGAAUUUUGCAGCAUGGUACGAAAGAAUGGGUGAUUACGCAGCAGCUUGUAAGUCCCUUCUAAGUGCUUUUCAAAUUCAGAAAAAAGCAUUUCAAGAAAGUAAUCCAGCUUUUGCUUCAACAUAUAGUUGGUUUGGAAGAGUUUAUCGUAAUACGAAAGAUUACUCAAAGGCCUUAGAUUAUUUUGAAAAGUGUCUCGCGAUACUUCAAAAAACGCUACCUCAAAGACAUCCAAAUUUUGGUAUAACAUACAGUAACAUUGGUGAUGUUCAUCGAUUAAUGGGUAAUUAUGAAAGAGCACUUUCAUUUCAUCAAAAAGCAUUAAAUAUUCAAGAAAAUGUUCAAUGUAAUUCUCUGAAUUGUGCAACGACAUAUACGAAUUUAGGUGAAACAUAUCGAGAAAUGAAAGAUUAUUCAACAGCAUUGACAUAUUUCGGGAAAGGACUAGAAAUACGUGAAAAGAAGCUACCAAAAAACCAUCCUGAUUUAGCCGUAAUUUAUCAUAAUAUGGCAAAAUUAUAUUUGGGUACUCUAAAAUACAGUAUAGCAAAGGAAAAUAUUCGACAAGCAGUAGAAAUUGCUCAAGAAAAAUUGCCUUCAAAUCAUCCUCAUCUUUUAUACUACAGAGAGACACUCGAAGAAAUUCAGAAGAAAUUGUAA